AUGCUAGACUUUUUACUUAAUCCUAGAAAAAGGGAAGUCGUGAGCCCUGGGAAACCUUUAAAGUGUUCUGAAUCAACAUUUGCCGCCUCUUCCACGCCUCUGGAUGAAAUAUGUCAGUUCAUUAUUAGUGAUCCCUCUGGAACUCCCAGUUUCAUAGUGAACAACUGGGAUGGAACCUCGAGGAAAGAAGCAAUUGAAGGCUUGUUACUCACAGAGCCUGAACAGUUUGAAGAGGGUGAGUUGGAAUAUAUGUACAGCGCUGAAGCUCUCAAAAAGACGAGGAGGCUGAGGAUACUUGUGAAAGAAUAUUACAACAGAGGGUUUGAUGAGCCUGUUGCCUAUCUUCCUAACAGUCUGCUUUGGCUUGAAUGGCGUAAUUAUUCUUCAAACUCAUUGCCAUCAAAUUUUGAACCAGCAAAGCUCGUAUAUCUUACUAUGAAGGGUAGUUCUAUCAUCAAACUCUGGAAUGGAGCAAAGAGGUUAGCAUUUUUGACGACUCUUGAUCUCAGUUAUUGCGACAAAUUGAUACAAACCCCAGAUUUUAGGAUGAUCACAAAUUUGGAAAGGUUGAUCCUGAGCUCUUGUGAUGCAUUGGUGGAAGUCCAUCCAUCUGUUGGGUUUCUCAAGAAGCUUAUUUUGUUAACUAUGGAUUAUUGCAGAUCACUUGAGAGACUUCCAGCAAUUAUUCAAUCAGAAUGUCUUGAAGUUCUUGAUCUCAAUUAUUGCUUUAACUUGAAAAUGUUCCCGGAGGUGGAAAGGAACAUGAACCACUUGAAGAAACUCGACCUCACUUCAACUGGGAUAAGAGAACUGCCGGCAUCAAUUGAGCAUCUCAGUUCCGUAGAAAACCUACAAUUGCAUUCCUGCAACCAACUUGUAAGUCUCCCAAGUAGUAUUUGGAGAUUCAGAAAUCUGAAGAUUAGUGAAUGUGAGAAACUGGGGAGUUUACCAGAAAUUCACUGGAAUAGCAAUUGUACCCGUGAACUCAUCAUAAAAUUAGUUUCUAUUAAGGAGCUUCCCACCUCUAUAGGAAACCUCACCUCACUAAAUUUCCUUGAAAUCUGUAAUUGCAAAACUAUUUCGAGUCUCUCAAGCAGCAUAUGGAGACUGAAAAGUCUUACAAGUCUAAAGCUGUUAGACUGCAGAAAACUUAAAAACUUGCCUGGAAUUCCCAAUGCCAUAAAUCAUUUGUCAGGACAUGGACUUCAGCUCCUUCUGACAUUGGAGCAGCCCACAAUUUAUGAACAUCUUGACUUGCUUAGGAUUAUUGAUAUGAAUUGGUGUAGUUGUAUUAGCAGUCUCCCCCACAACAUUUGGAUGUUGAAAAGUUUAAGGAUUCUGCGCAUCUCUUACUGCUCGGGUCUGGAGUAUUUACCAGAAAAUUUGGGUCACUUGGAACAUUUGGAGGAAUUACUUGCAGAUGGUACUGAUAUUUUAAGACUACCAUCUUCGGUUGCACGAUUAAAUAAACUUGAGGUCUUAUCAUUCAGGAAAAAGUUUGUGAUUGGACCAAAAGUCCAAUAUUCAUUAUCAAUGCUCAAUUUACCUGAUGAUGUUUUUGGAAGUCUUGGAAGCUUAGGCUCUGUGGUGAAGUUAAAUCUUAGUGGAAAUGGUUUUUGUAAAUUGCCUGAAACGAUGAAUCAACUUUUUUGCCUUGAAUACCUUGACAUAACAUUUUGCCAGAGGCUUGAAGCAUUGCCAGAGCUUCCCCCAAGCAUCAAGGAGCUAUAUGUAGAUGAACACUUGGCCUUGAGAAGCAUGGAAGAUUUAGUAAUUAAAUGCAAGGAGUUGAAUUUAAUAGCAGUCACAAAUAUUGAGUACCAAAAUUUCUAUCGAUGGUUAGACUCAAUAUGGUCAGAUGUGUCAGAACUGCUGGAGAACAGUCAGAAGCAACAAAUGGAUGAUAUGUUGCAGCUUAUUCCCUUUUCAUAUCUUUCGACGGCUAAGCGUGAGGAAGUUCUUAAGAUUGUUAUACAUGGAACACGAAUUCCAGAAUGGUUCAGAUGGCAAGAUAGAAGUGCCACAACGAUGUCAGUCAAUCUUCCUGAACAUUGGUACACCCAAAAUUUUUUGGGAUUCGCUAUAUGCUGUGGCUGCUGCUUUUAUCAUUCUGCACGUAGCUACGAUGUUGAAUUUGAGGGGAGCAUGCAUCAUUACAAUUAUGAUUCCAGUUAUUGGAAAGAGUAUGAGGAACCGAGUUAUGACUUUUAUGAGAGAGAUACCAUUGAGAUUACAGCAAAACUAACUCCCCGACAUAAAGGAAUGCGGACUGAAGAGCUCAAGAAAGUCUGUUCAUUUUCCAUGAAUGUGGUACGUCGUGCUACUGCUGUCCCUAAUAUGUGCUUUGCAUUUUUGCCAUUAAACAGUCUCUGUCACACAUCAAAUAUACAGGCAAAGAACCCAAAUGACUAUGGGAUAUUUGAAGCCUCUUUGGGUCCAGGGGACAUCCUCCAUCGUGGAAAACAAUGGGGGUUUAAUUUGGUGUAUAAAGAUGAAGCUGGUGGCAGUAUUACGUACGAAAUGCUCACAAACAGAUAG